AUGAGUAAAACAGUUGCUUCCUUCAUCCGUCAGUGUGUGACCUGCCGCCGACUCCGCAAAGCUCCGGAGGGUCAAAGGAUGAGCGACCUACCUGCACAACGCAUAGAGCCCUCUCCUCCCUUCACGCACAGCGGCAUGGACUGUUUUGGUCCAUUUUUGACUACAGAAGGAAGGAAACAACAUAAACGGUCCCUGAGCUCACAAAAUCGCACCUUUGACCUGGCCACCCUCAUAACUGACGAGGAUCAUGAAUAUGUGAGGAGCAAGAUUUCAGGCCAGGUGUGGAUCGGACUGAGGUUCCUGGGCGACCGCUGGGUGUGGGUUGGUGGAGAACAACUCCAGUAUGAUGAUUUAAAAACGUGUCCAGUAAUCAGCCGGUGUGGAGUGGUGGACAAGAACAGAUCAACACGUUACAGUAUCCUAAAGUGUAAUGUUGAAAACGAUUUCUUCUGCUACAGGAAAUCACCUGCCUAG